UUUAAUCCACUGAGCAUGCGCAGUGUCUGUCAAACUGCGUCGACCACGCAUGCGCGUCACCUCCACGCUGGAGUUCGCUGGAGUUUGGACCUGUGCAGAAUGAGUUCAGCUGGAUCCGGGUCGUCCCUGCGGGUCCAUGCGGUCCGGUUCGGUCCGGGUCAGGAGCUGCUGGGGUCCCUGCUGGCCUUCGUGGAGGAGAGGAGGCUCAGGGCCCCCUUCAUCAUCACCUGUGUGGGCAGCGUCACCACGGCAACGCUGAGGCUGGCCAACGCCACGGCAACCAACCCCAACGAGGUGAUGCGGCUCAGCGGCCGGUUCGAGAUCGUGUCUCUGGUCGGGACCCUCGGCAGAGGCGCCCACCUGCACAUCAGCCUGGCGGACGCUCAGGGCCGGACGGUCGGGGGCCACGUCCUGGGAGACCUGAAGGUUUUCACCACGGCCGAGGUGGUGGUGGGGGAGGCCACGGACCUGACCUUCACCAGAGACAUGGACCAGGCGACCGGGUUCCCUGAACUGGUGGUCAAGUCCCGGUCACCGCCCGAAGAAGGACGAGAGUAACACGAGAAGACGGAGCCACGCACCUGAACAGGUUCAUCGUCUCUCUCCUCCUGCUCCUCCUGCUCCUCCUGCUCCUCCUGUUUCCUCCUGUUUCCUCCUGCUCCUCCUGUUUCCUCCUGCUUCUCCUGCUCCUCCUGCUCCUCCUGUUUCCUCCUGUUUGCUCCUCCUUUGAUGUCCUGUAUGUGAGUAAUGAGCCGAGUUAAUCCGCCCCCGUCCUCACCCACCACAUCAGCCGGGAAGUCAUUUGGAAGUCGGCUACAAAACAGAGACAAGGACCUCCUUCCUCCCCCCUCCUCCUCCCCCCUCCUCCCUCCUCCUCCUCCUUCCUCCUCCCCCCUCCUUCCUCCCCCCUCCCUCCUCCUCCUCCUCCCUACUCCCCCCUCCUUCCUCCCCCCUCCCUCCCCCUCCUCCCUCCCCCCGCCUCCCCCCCGGGGAGCUGAGGCUGAUCAGCCGCGUUCAUCUUUCAUGUAGCCGCAUAAAAAUCCUCCGUCUAAUGACGCUGGUCUGUGUUUGAAUGUGGCAGCGUGUGAAGAAUCACACAGAUCAAAACCAACGGACACUGAAAGUUAGUCUGAAUAUUUCUCUGUGAUUUCACACAAAUGGUCCAACUUCUGUUAACGAGGAGCGAAAGUUUCCCUUCAGACAUGGAACAAAGACAGAAAGAAAGAAAGAAGAAGAGGAAGUUUCUCUAUUAAACCUGUAACUUUUAAUGUAUCUUCCAAUAAAUCCCUUUAAAACCCG